GUACCUACCUACUCUGACUGAUCCUCAGGUAAAAUGGAUGUUUUAGAAAUUGAUAAUAGUUUUAAAGAAUUUAAAACGAUUGAGGAAGUUGAGUUAAAGCAAUGCGAGGAGUGGAGUGUAUCUGAAAUGACACUGAAGGAAAUAGAGUACAACACCUUUUUUGAACAAUUUAUGUUAAGAAAUGUACCAUGUAUAUUAAAAAAUGUAAGUUUCAACUGGGAGUGUUCAAAGAAAUGGAUUCUUAGAAACCAAAUUAAUUAUGAAUAUUUAAUUGAGAGUUAUGGCGAUUUGGUGGUACCUGUUGCAGAUUGUAAUAAAAUAUCUUACAAUUCACAAUGCAAAUGUGAAAUGAAAAUGAAAGACUUCAUACACUAUUUGCGCAAAUCGGAGAGAACUCAACUAUUAUAUCUUAAAGACUGGCAUUUAAAAAACGUAAGGCCUACGGAUAAUUUCUAUGAGGUACCUAAAGUUUUUGGACUCGACUGGCUUAAUGAAUACGCACAAGAUAACAAUGAAGACGAUUUUAGAUUUGUCUAUAUUGGACCACAAAAUUCAUGGACACCUUUGCACUCUGAUGUUUACUCUUCAUAUAGUUGGUCAGUUAAUGUAUUUGGAAGAAAAGAAUGGACUUUGUUUCCCCCAGGUGAAGAACGAAAACUAAAAGAUAGUUUGGGGAAUUUACCCUUAAUGUAUAAUGAAAAGUCAUUUCCCAACAUUCAGCAUUUAAAAAUAAUCCAAGAAAGUGGUGAUGCCAUAUUUGUUCCAUCAGGAUGGUACCAUCAAGUUGUAAAUUUGCAAGACACUAUUUCAAUAAAUCACAACUGGAUUAAUAGUUGCAACAUUGUAUUCAUGUGGAAAUCUCUACAUGAAAAUUUGUUAACAAUAGAAAAUGAAAUAGAACACCUAAAGGACACCCCAGAAUUUCACGAUCAAUGUCAACUCAUUCUUAAAUCUCUUUUUGGUAUUGACCUAGAAAGAUUCAAAAAAUUUAUAAUACAUAUUGCGCAAAAAAGACUGCAUCAAUUAGAAGAAAAAUCACUCAAAAGUUUUGAUAGAUUUUCAUUAGGGAAAAAUCAAAUUUUAUUUGAUUUAAAUAAAAUACAUUUUGUUAUGAAUAAACUAAACCUAGAAAAUUAUAAGAUUCACAAUGAUUUACUAUCAAUCAUACAAAAAAAAUUAUUUAAGUAAACCAAUC